GCCCCGGGGUCCCUCGCCUCCCCGCGCUUCACAUGUGGCAGUUCUUGUUUUGCAGGUGCAGCCGGGUGUGUAGCAACGUUGCUCCACGAUGCAGCCAUGAACCCUGCCGAAGUGGUCAAACAGAGGAUGCAGAUGUACAACUCACCCUACCAGCGUGUGACGGACUGUGUGCGGGCUGUGUGGCGCAACGAAGGGGCCGGAGCUUUCUAUCGCAGCUACACCACCCAGCUCACCAUGAACAUCCCCUUCCAAGCCAUUCACUUCAUGACCUACGAAUUCUUUCAAGAGCAGCUCAACCCCCACAGACAGUACAACCCAGGCUCCCACGUGGUCUCCGGAGCCUGCGCAGGGGCUGUCGCUGCCGCUGCCACUACGCCUUUGGACGUUUGCAAAACGCUGCUCAACACCCAGGAGUCCCUGGCCUUGAGCUCCAACAUCAGCGGACACAUCACAGGCAUGGCCAAUGCCUUCAGGACGGUGUACCAAGUGGGCGGCGUGACCGCCUACUUCAGAGGGGUCCAGGCGAGGGUCAUUUAUCAGAUGCCCUCGACGGCGAUCGCCUGGUCCGUCUACGAGUUCUUCAAAUACAUCCUCACCAAGCGCCAGGAGGAGAGGCGGGCUGGGAAGUGAGCCAGAGCCGCACGCCAUUCCAGACCUGCUUCACCUCCCCUCCUGGUUUGUCUUCUGACCCCUCUCCCUUUCGGUUUGGUUUGUGUUGAAGAGAGGGGGCGGCGAAGCCCUUUUGGGGUGCAGCGGUGCCAUUUUUUUGCCUUGCGGCUGCUGCGGCUCCACUCAGGCCACGCAGCUUGCUCUCUCCCAGGGCCCUCCGAGAUGUCCCGCUGGGAGCUGCAGCCUGGGUCGUCUCCCCUGGGGCUUCAGUGGAGCCGUGCUCCUGUCGCUUCCC